CUUCUGCUUUUGCAAAAUUUUCAUCUUAUAUAGGCCAAGAACCACCUGAUGAUUACUUGAAUAAAGUUAUUCAAUCAUAUGUAUAUCUUGAAGGGCAUAUGACAGUUCUUGAGAAUGCAAAUGCAAGAGAUUUUGACAAUAUGGUCAAGUGUAAUAUUUUAAAAUCUAUGAUGAGUGAAAAAUAUGUUUCAGUACCAGCAAAUAAUAAUCUUGUAGUAGAAAAUCCAGCUAUAAAUUCUCCAGAUACAUUAUAG